UUGACCUUUCAAUGCUGGAAUACAUUGUCCAAAUUUUCUCAAAAUAUAUUGAAUUUUCUCAUCACCAGUGAUAAAAUGUCGCUUAACAAUGUAAAAACGAAAGAAUUGAUGUACAGGCUCAUGAUAAGCCAGCUGUUUUAUGAUGGACACAAGACAAUGGCUGUCAACCUGGCAAACAUUGUCAAGCCUCAUCCAGCAUGUCCUCCAUCUGACAGGUUACUCAAUGUGGUCAGGAUGGGCAUCAGAGAAGAAGAGUUGAUAACUGGCAAGAAGGAACUGAAGCCAGACCCAAUCGCCCCUGGAUCAGGCGUUGAUCUUGAGUUUGAAACCGAUGUCCAGACCAUCUCCCCCGAGCCCGCUCUGUAUCAAACCUGUUACGUCACAUCCCACAAGGGCCCUUGCCGAGUAGGAGCAUUUCACCAGUCUGGGCUACUGGUUGCAACUGGGUCACAUGACACUUCAAUAAAGAUUCUUGAUGUGGAGAGAAUGCUGGCAAAAAGCGCCACACCAGCGGAAGUCAUUGCACAGGAAACGCCACAACAGACAAUGGAAAAUCACCCUGUUAUUCGGACACUUUACGACCACAAUGAGGAAGUAACAGCAUUAGAUUUUCAUCCAGUUCAUCAACAGUUAGCCUCUGGAAGCAAAGAUUUCAGCAUAAAAUUUUUCGAUUUCUCUAAUCCUUCAGUUAAAAAGGCUUAUAAAAGUAUACAGGAAUCCUCACCAGUUACGUGUCUGAGUUUCCACCCAUCAGGAGACUACAUCCUGGCAGGAACAGAGACGCCAACAUUACGUUUAUAUGACGUGAACACAUUCCAAUGCUUUGUGGCAGCAAAUCCCGAUGACCAGCACAAGAAGGCAGUGACUGGGGUGAGUUGGUCUCCAAAUGCCAAUCUCUUUGUCUCAUGUUCCGAGGAUGGAGAUAUCAAAAUCUGGGAUGGUGUCAGUAAUCGUGUUGUCAACAAGUUUGAGGCUGCUCAUGAUGGUGCGGAGGUCUGCUCCGUGAGAUGGACGAGAAAUUCUAAGUAUGUUCUAUCCUGUGGUCUUGACUCUCUGGUGAAGCUAUGGGAGUUAUCGACAUCGCGGUGUCUGGUGGCCUACACAGGGGCAGGAGCCACUGGCCGAAUGGAACACAGAACCACGGCUGUGUUCAAUCAUACAGAGGAUUAUGUUUUGUUCCCUGAUGAAAAGACGAUCAGUUUGUGCUCAUGGGAUUCGCGAAAUGCUGAAAGACAAAAAUUAUUGUCUCUUGGUCACAAUGGUAUCGUUCGGACAAUCGUCCACUCCCCGACUGGACCAGCUUUUCUGACGUGCAGUGAGGAUUUCCGCGCUCGAUUCUGGUUCCGAAAAUCGUCGGAAUGAUAUCUCAACUACAAAGACUUUAAGCUCACAAACUGCCAUAUUGUGCGUUUUGUAUCCGUAACAUAAAAUAUGUAUGGACCGAGUUUUUUAUAUUUUCUGGUAGGAGCCAGUUAUUCCAAAUUGACAGAUUUUCAAUAUUCAGAAUAUGCUGAAGUGAUGCUGUGAAUAGACUUUCAAAAUCUAUUUAGAAAUUGCUCUUUGAGUUAUAAAGUAAAAAGACUUGAAGUUCUAUUUAAAAUUCGCUCUUGAGAGUGAAUGGACUUUCAAAAUCUAUUCAGAAUUUACUCUUGAAUCCUACAUGUUAAAUAACUUCAAGGGAAGAGAUGGGUCCGGAUUCAGAAUUUCAUUUGCAAGGUACUUACGUUUUUCGAUUAAGUAAACUAUUUGUGUUUCAUUUGAAAUGCCUGGAAAGUUGUUGUGUUUCAUUAUACGUACGAGAGAACAAAAAUCUGAUAGGACAAGUUGUAUUAAAAGUUAGCUUACAAAAAUGUCGAAAUGAUUUGGAAAUCUCCUCAAGUCAGCAUUUUGUAUUAGAUAUUGUGCACUUUGGAUUGUAGUCAUUAAAUGCAUUGUUUUUAA